UCAAAAAAGAUGAGCGAAGAUGUCAAGGCAUUAAAUAUUGUGAAUUUAGUGAUCCAAUCUAUCUUAAUACUGUUCAUAAUAAUGUUGAUGUUGAUUCAGAUUUAUAUCACAAAAUGGUCACAAAUCAAGAAAUAAAUACCGCAAGUGAAUCUCAAUGCAAGUUUCAACGUAAUGGCAUCAUUUGUUCUGGAUCUGCGAAACUUGGAAAAAUUGUUGAUUAUUUAACAAAUACUACAUCCUAUUUUAUUGGAUGUACUGAAUAUAAGCCUAAUGAUAAAUGGCAUCGUUUUGUUAAAAUUAAUAUAAAUGAAAUCGAUUUGCCUUUAUUAAAACAAUUAUUUGCUGGUGAAUUAAUUGAAGAUGAUGAUCAAAUAACUUGUACUUCAAUUAUUGCACGAAGUUGUAAAAGAAAACAAUGUG